AUGACUUCUCAUAAAAGACCAAGGCAGGUUACCCUCUCUUCUGAGGAAACUCAUUCCGAUGAUCCCUUGGAUGACACGGAUAGUGAGUGGGAGAGGAUCACAGAAGACCCUGUCAAGCGAGUCGCGUUUGAAAGAAAGUGCAUUGAAGAUGAGCUCACCGAUCAGAAACGAGUAAUUCUAUUGCAAGAAAGUCCCAGCAGAAGGAGUCACUGUCGUUUCUGGGACUGUGUUCCCAGGAAGUUGAAUGGAGAACCCAAUAUCAGGUCUGCUUUUCGUUUCAAUGUUAAAGACCUUUCCGGUCGAUACUAUGAACCGAACAAGUACUAUCAUGUGUCAUGCAUGGAGCAAAUAUUUCCCGACCUGAGUUCCCUGGUAGAGCGGGAGGUUUUGCAUAUGGAAGGCGGGGUCACCCAGCUGACCUCAGCCUGCUGGCAGAUAUCACAGUUUCACAAUGCCAUUGAAGAUUGGUUCCGCUUUAAGGGCCGUACCUUCGAAGUGGACAUAUACGAUCGAUUCCGAAGAGCACAUGCCAAGUGGGACCGGAAAGACAGCACAGUGGAGAUCAACCAUCAACUCGGGGAUCAUGAGGGUAGUCGUCAGGAUUGUGAGAAGUGUGAAGAAGUGCCGGAUGAACCACUGAGAAAAGAUUACUUUCCUGAAGAGCCUCGCAGUAGCCUACUGAGUGAAGUUCUGGCCUCCGUGGUUGGCGUGGGACACUUGGAUGGAUUAGAUGGAGAUUCGAAUGCUCGCCGUUGUAAGAAGAUUCGGCGCAGCUAG